UGGGUAGGAUUUUAGGUGUGUUUGUGUUAAAAGGUCCUGCCCACUUGGAUCUCAGAGUUGCAGUGGAGAAGGAAACAUCAGUCAGAGGGCAGGAAUCAGGGGUGAGGAACAUGCCGCAUUGCGUGGUGAGCAACUGUCCGCUUUUUAACUACAAGAAAUCCAAUCUACAAGAAUCAAAUCCGCAUCGUAUGUGUUCCGCCCAUUUUGCCCCCAACUCUUACGUAGUGCAGGAUGCUAAACUGGUUCUUCGGUCGGACGCCGUCCCAACCAUCUUCCCAGCGAUGAUCGAACCGACGGCCAACUUGCAGAAUUUCCCUUCUCCUCCCAAUUCAUCAGGGUGUCAGGGUGAAGUGUGGCCGAAAUGCAUCGUCAGCAGCUGUCGGCAGCCAAUCGGUGGGGUUUUGCUUCACACGUUUCCCAACAAUCUGCACAGGAUAAAGCAGUGGUUGCUCGAAAAGAGGAGGAGUUAUGACUAUUGCAUGUGCUCCGCCCACUUUUCCCCAGAAUGCUAUAUCUUUCAAGAAGGCAGAGCCAUUCUCCGAACGAACGCCAUGCCGACCAUUUUCCCAAGCAGACCACAGGCACAACAACCGCAAGUUCUUUGGAAUGUUUGGCCACCGCUGAUGGUAGCCCAGGUGCCACUUUCUGCUGAACAGAAUUCGGCGCCUAAAACACCUGAAGCUCCUCCCCCAAGAAUUCCUAAAUCUAGAAAGAAAACACCUCCAACAGGUCCAACAGCAAACUGUCAUCUCCAGGUAGAACAGCACCAGUUUCCAUGGAAGCGAUUAUACAAGGCUUGGAGCUCACAUUUUAUUCCGGUGUGUAUGGAACUUGCAUAGGCUCCAUGAAAGUUUUUGAGGCUGACGCCAAGAGCCUGAUUGGACUCUCUGGAAUAUUUGUCGGCCUGGGAGAAGUGUUGGGUAUGUUUUCUCAGUCAUAUUCUAAAAGAAGAAAAAAAAUCAGUUGGUGAACUGAGCACAAAAUAUUCCAGCGAGCUUGUUAUGUGACAUAGUUUCUGGGUUAUGCCCAUAUGUAUAAACGAAUAUGCAUUCUGAUUUAUGCUCUUGCGCAUUGUUGGUAAUGCAUGAGAGCAUAAAUGAGAAUGCACACGGAACUGUCAGGCUAAGGCACGGGCAGCUAAAGAGGGGGAGGCUGUAGGCUAAGCCGUUCCCUGUCAGGGUGCAGACUGUAGCUCAUAGAAGAGAUAAGGAGACUUGACUUGAGGUGGAUGCCCAGCUGGGGUGGGUGUAGGUUCCCAUCACAAGGAAGAAGAUGAGAUUGAGUGGCAGGUCCAUGGUACAGGGAACCACAGACAGGAAGAGGGGCCACAGGUACAGGGAGACCCAAUAAUAUCCAGUGGCACUGCUUGUGUUUGGCAGUGCCCCCUAAAUUGUGCUUCAUUCUGCUGUACAGGGGGCUGCCUUGUGGCUGACCAUGCUUCCUUCCACCCCGCUUCUCCUUACCUGCCUUCAAACAUUCCAUCAAAUCCAAGCUUCCAUAAAAGUUCCCCAUUCCAGCCCUUUUAAGUUUUAAAUGUUUCCCCAGUUCAUUUUCCAGCGCUGAGGACAGGGCCAUAUGUUCAGUGUAGACAACUAAGGGCAAAUUGUAAGUAGGGUGGGCCACAAGUGCCCGUAUGAACUUUUCAUUCAGGCCAUUGGAACAUCUCUCUGCAUUGGCUACUAGUGUAAAGCUAUCGGCGCCUUGUCAGUUUGACUGUUAGAUAUAAUGGGCUGAUCUGCUAGUGUUUAAGGCAUAAUGUAUUACAUAUAUACCUGCAGGCUUUGUAGGAAGUGUCAGCUUGUAAAUAUUUUUCUAAUAGCUGCAGCUUAUUUAUGGACAGAUGGUAAUUAUAAAAUGAAAAUGUGUUUUCUGAGGACGCUGCCGUUACUGUGUAUGACAGUUUGCAUACAAUAUAUACGGUGCGUGCUGUUCCUUGCGUAGCUGCUCUCAGCGGCUUUACCUGCACAGUAACAGUAACACAAUACAGUUCCCUGAGAGGGUCGGCAUUUGGGACGUGAGGUGUUGGACAUGGACAUUAGCAAGUUGAGAUGAUGAGCAGAAUUCAGUCACGGCCUACAACAUUUAAGCAAUACACAGCCAUAAGAUAUAGAUUGGUUGCACUAAAACUACAGAAAAGAAAAGGAAUGAAAUGAAUAGCAUCCUUUUCUCUAGCUAUUGUCUUAAUAAUCAGAAUAAUGGGCAAUUCCCAGUAGGGUGAUCUAAUGGACCUGUUUGGGGGGGUGUCUGUGAUUUUCUGGCCACCAUCUGGAGAGCAACUGGUAAAAAACAUUGAUACACUUCUGGGGCACCUUACUGCCAGGGCAACUGGCCUAUCAGUAGCCACUGGUCCUAGAGGUUGGAAGCGAUGCCCUAGAAGGAAGCAGAAUAGGGAUACAGACAGGUCAGAUACAAGCUUUAUUACAGGUACAAGGCAGAAAGUUAGGCCCUGGAACAGACAUAGCAGGCAAUGCAAAGGCACAUAAGGGGUUAAACAGAGGCCCCAGGU